CAGGUUCGUAAAAGUCACCGUUCACACGAAGUGUACGAAUGAGUGAGUGAUCCAUUCCGCGCGCAGUCUCGUGUGAGCUUUCUCUCAGUUUCAUCGGAGUUUCACGUUGGCGUCAGUCUCCGACCUGCGGAAGACCUUCAUCAGUGUGGUAAUGGAAAAAGACUUGGCCUCUUAAUGGCUAACGGCAGAGUGGUAGCAUCUUCCCUCUGAAUCGGCUCGCAGGCUGAAAACGGGGAACAAUACCGGAUAUCAUCCUUGGUGCAGACAAACGAGAUUUGGGAGGGUUGUGGGAGGGAGCUUUCUCGCAGAUUCUUAGAUUGGAGCUUGUGUGAGAGCAGAGCAGCGCAGAGCAGAGCAGAGGAGAGCAGAGGAUUCUGUUAGCGGUAAGGCUGCUUUGCCGAUUUUCGAGUGGUUUCGUGUGAGCCGUGGGAGGUUUUUCUGACACUUAACUCAUAACUGGCAAAAAUCAACCUCGAAAAGCCGAAGUUAUUCCGAAGUCGGAUGGUGGUCGGAUACGAAUCAUUAAUAGGACUACAUGUACUUGGGACAAGGGUCAGAGAAAUUGCAGCGUCAUCCUCUUACGGAGAUCGCGAAUUAGUAGUAUAGAUUCUAUUUAAAAAUCGUAAAUUUUUUAUGGACCCUCAAUAGGUUGAUGUACUCACGGAUGACGUAGAGAUUAUGUGUGGGAUGUCGCUCACUUGAAGGUCCACAAGCUAUUUCAAAUGCUGUCAUCACGUUGGAGCCUUUUGAAAUGCAUUUUCUCUUCUAUGGUCGUUUGGUUGGAACGUAGAGUUUGGUCAGAGUUAGGUUAGGUAAAUGUUCCUUCUUGUUGAUGCAGAAGGAUCCUCAUAGUCUUCCCUGUACUUAAUCAUCUUUAGAGUUUUGGAUUCAAUACGAGAUCACUAUGGCAACUACAUCUCGGUUACAUUCUGGAUCUCAACCACCAGAGAUCGAUAUUCGUCAAAUUAUUUCAGAGGCUCAGACUCGAUGGUUACGGCCUCUUGAGGUAUGCGAGAUCCUACAAAAUUACGCCAAUUAUGGAUUCAAACUCAACCCCGUUCCCCCAGUCCGUCCCAUUAGCGGCUCCAUGUUUCUGUUUGAUAGGAAGACUCUAAGAUACUUCCGUAAAGAUGGUCACAAUUGGAGAAAGAAGAAAGACGGAAAGACUGUGCGGGAGGCACACGAGCGCCUAAAGAUUGGCAGUGUGGAUAUGUUACAUUGCUAUUAUGCGCACGGUGAGGAUAAUCCAUGUUUCCAGCGAAGGUGUUAUUGGAUGCUUACGCCUACACUGGAGCAUAUUGUGCUUGUUCACUACAGGGAAGUUACAGAAGGAGGCAGAUUCUCCAUGAGUGAUUCACAACACAGCGUUCCAGCUGUUCAUGCGGCUAGCCCUCCCGAGGUGACACAUCCAGUCACAUCCCCGGACUCGCUCCAGGAAGAUGGGGAUUUGUUUGAGCCAGAAGAUGUUGAGGAUUUCAAAGGUGGUCUACAAAGCACGCUGCUCGAUCAGAUUUCUCCUGGGGCGCAAGGUGAUACAGACUUGUUGCGUACGUCACAUCUAAAUGUUUGGCCAGGGUCAGAAUUGAGAGCUGAAUAUCCUCCUAAUUGGUAUGGUUCUUCUUCUGGUGGAGGUGGGGACUCAACCCUAGCACGGCUAAGCGGACUCCUGGAUUCUCCCACGGAAUUGACGCCAAAACCAGGAGAGUACCCUCCUCAGCUCUCUAACCUGCAGCAGUUUGAAUCUAAUGAAUUGUCUUCAAGAAAUGCACAAAUGUAUGUGCAGCAGGAAUUGUUCUCGUCGAACAAUCACUAUUCUGGUGGCAAUUCAGUGCCUGCCAAUUAUUCCGAGAGUCUUGGUAAACCAUCAAACAUGUAUGGCUCCGAAGAUUUCGGAAGUGUUCAGCGUCAAGAAAAUAUAGCGGCUGCUAUGGUCUCAGCUGGGUGGGGUCAAGAACCGGAAAGUGUUCCAAGUAGUAAUGCAGGAUUCAGUCAAGGAGCACCAUCUGUGUCCCAGAGUGGUGCUGCGCUUGAUGCAUCGCAGAGGACCGGGAUGUCCCAACCUCCGCCACCUGUUUAUGUGAAACAAGAAAGUAUGAGUUCCUGGGCUGCAACACUGACGCAGGUGACUACUCCAGGUACUCAUCAGAAAUUGAUGGAGUCUCUUAUGUCCAGUAAUAGGAUGGAUGUGAGUGAUUCUCUCGGCGUACAGGAUAUUCGAUUCCAGCAAACUCCCCCACCGAAGGAUAUUCUGGAAGCAUUUGAUCCCAGGGGUCUCAGUCGGGAACCUCAGGCACAGGUGGAAGCCAGUUUAAAUAACGUUGCUGAAGGGAAAGCCGGGAAAGAAGCAUUCAGUCUGUACCAGAAGCGGGUACUUUCCACAAGGUCUGAUUCAUUACCUAUUGAACUCAUCCUUGACAGCAUUGCAUCUCAGGAGAAAGCAUCAAACAACGAAGAUUUACGAAAGCAGGAAAGUUUUGGACGUUGUUUUAGCUAUCUCAGCGACUUUUCAAAUUUGUUAAGCCCCAGUACAUUUCCACUCGGCUGGUCCAGCACGCCAACUGUUGGGGAUCAGAGAGCGGGUAUUGAUUUUUUCAAUGUUUCUAGACAAGAGGACACGGGUACAGGCACUUCUAUUACGUCAGACCUGCGAUUCACCAUUACCGACUUCUCCCCCGAAUGGGCGUAUGCAUCUGAAGGUGUGAAAGUUCUGGUGACAGGCGUCUUUUUGGGGAGCUAUACGAAUGCUCGUAAUUUUAAAUGGUGCUGCAUGUUUGGAGACAUUGAGGUUCCUGCAGAAGUCAUAGGGACAGGGGUUCUUAGGUGCAAGGCUCCCUCUCUUCCUGCCGGUAAAGUUUCCUUAUAUGUUACUUGUGGUGAUCGUCAAGCGCACAGUGAAAUCCGCUGUUUUGAGUAUCGUAGUGGUGUUGGUAGAAUAUUCCCUGACACUAAAGCAGAGCUUCAAAUAACAGAUGAGAGGUUGCUGAAGGUUCGGCUCUCACGCUUAUUGCUUUCAGACUCCGAUUCUCAUGCUGGUGAAAUUAUUGAUUUUAGUGGCAAUUUGGACUCUAUUUCCUUACUCCACGGCGAUGAUGACUGGCUAGAGCUGGAGAAUCUAGCCAAGACUUCUGAUCUCUCUCAAGACAGCAGCUUUCUGGAGCGCCUGCUUCAGACGCUGUUGAAAGUCCGCAUGCAGAAGUGGCUGUUCUGCAAGGUUCAAGAGGAAGGUAAAGGUGUCUCUGUUCUUGACGCACAUGGACUGGGAGUGGUUCACAUGGCUGCGGCUUUGGGUUAUGAUUGGGUAAUUACACCGAUGGUAACUGCUGGUGUACCUAUAAACUUCCGGGAUGCACAAGGGUGGACUGCUCUACAUUGGGCUGCUUUCUUUGGCAAGGAGCAAGUGGUGAUUGCUCUCUUGGGACACGGUGCAGAUCCAGGAGCGGUGACAGACCCCACACCUAAGUGCCCGGCUGGUCAAACUCCAGCAGACCUUGCGUCCAUGAAAGGACAUGCGGGUAUUGGUGGUUUCCUGGCCGAGUGGAGUCUAACACGCCGUCUUUCCCACAUGACACUUUCAGAGAACCUUGAUGACCUCGCCAUGUCUAAUGUCGCUGCUGAAGCUGCAGUUGCAAAAUUGUCCAGACGUGAAAGUGUGAAAUUAAGUAUAAGCGGAGCCGAUGAUCCAGUUUCUGUCCACGAAUCAUUGCAAGCUGUUCGGAAUGCUGCUCGAGCAGCUGCCUUAAUACAAGCGGCGUUUCGACAGUAUUCUUUCCGGAAGAGGGAGGAGGAUGACUUGGCAUCAAUAAGGUUAGAUGAGUAUGGAAUGACUGAGAGUCAAAUGCAGGCCUUGCUGACAGCUCGUGCAGCUCAAAGAAUACAGAGGGCGUACCGAGGCCAUCAGGAGAAGAAGCAACAACUGGCAGCCAGUCGCAUACAGCAGAAGUUCAGGAGCUGGAAGGUGCGAAGAGACUACCUCAAAUUCCGGCAGCGAGUAGUGAGGAUACAGGCUCAAGUACGUGGAAACCUCGUACGGAAGCGUUUCAAGAAACUAUUGUGGUCGGUGGGAGUUUUAGAAAAGUUGGUUCUGCGGUGGAAACGAAAAAGGUUAGGGCUUCGAGGCUUUAAGAGUGGGGAUUAUGACGUCGAUGGCAAAGAGGACGACGAAGAAUUUUUGAAAGAGGGAAGAAAGCAAGCGAUUGUGGCUCUUGAAAAAUCAGUCACGACAGUCCAGACAAUGGUGCGCUCUAAUGAAGCCCGAGCGCAGUAUCGACGCCUACGAGAAGGAUCCUUGAGGUCCGAGUUACUUGGGCAGUUCCUUUCAGUAUCUCCACGGGGAUCGUUUACCAGCGCUAAUACGCAGUACGAGUAUUCGCAUUUGCAGCAGACAUAUGUGGAGCAGAAUGGAGAUUCGCAAAUGCAGCAGAUAUAUCUGGAGACUUCAGAUCAACUCAUGAAUUUUGGUGCUUAGUGGUCGCUACAAAUGGAGGUUCUUCAUGGAUUUGACAAAGCAUUCGCGUUGAGGAUUUUUGAGAACCGCUGGUUCUUGGGGAUGGUUGAAAAGAGGUGCAGCGGAAGCUCUUGGACCUGAUGUUUGCAAGGUGUUUUCAAGAUCCUCAAGUGAACCAUGUAAAUGUACAAAAAUGAACUUCGGAUAAGAAAAUGGAUAAACGCUUGUUCGGAUGCAAAAUAUGUUUGCAUACGACUGUGAUGGAGCAUUAAGAGCAGUGUCUAUUCUGUAGAUGUCUGGCUAGGUGCCACUUGUGCCAUGACACUGCACACACCUUAUUCGCUGAUUACUUUUGCGUUAAUCUUAGAAACGCAUUUGUCAUUCACUGUUUUGAAUAUGUACAUGCAUAAAACUCUUCUUGGGUACAUUUUCUUAAAAUGGCUAUAUACUUCUGAUUA